AUGGAAUUCGAGAAGCAAGAUGUUGAGAUGGAAGUGGAGGGAGCGAGUGAUGACUCAGUGGUCAACCCAUCACGUGUGAAAAUGCCGAAUGCAGGUGAAGAACCAAUCAUGCUGGCUCAGCCCGUGAUCAGAAACAGUGGCAAGGGAAGGUACUGGGAGUGUCUCAAGAACCACGCUGUGGGGAUUGGAGGCCACGCGCUUGACGGUUGCGGCGAGUUCAUGGCUGCCGGUGCUGAUGGCACACUCGACGCGCUCAGGUGCGUCGCGUGCAACUGCCACCGUAACUUUCACAGAAAGGAGACCGAAAUUAUCCCCGGAGAGCCGUUUUUAUCCCGCCGCUACCAACAGCCGCCAUUCGCGGCGUGGACCCCGGCGGGGUACAUGCCGGUUGCGGGACAGCAGAGAGGGGCGGCGACACUGGUGCUGCCGUCGGCUGGUGGUGGUGGUGGGACCCAGACCUCGAGGGAUGAUCAAGAAGAUGCUUCGGAGCCACGUGGUGGUGGGUCGAAGAAGAGGUUCAGGACCAAGUUCACUCAGGAACAGAAGGACAAGAUGCUGUGCUUUGCUGAGAAAUUGGGUUGGAGAAUUCAGAAGCAAGACGAGAAUGUGGUGGAAGAGUUCUGUAACGAGAUUGGGGUGAAGCGUCAAGUGUUCAAGGUUUGGAUGCAUAACAACAAGCACACUCUUGGAAAGAAGACCUAG